AACAAUGGAAUUAUAAAUGCAGCAAUGAUCUCCGCAAGCAGGCGGCCCCAAAUUAACUUCAUCAUAAUUAUCGAUACAGCAAAUCGCGCAGGUUUAAUCUGAGCCUACUUGAGCUUCAAGUCCUCCCCACACAACAACAGUCACAAUCAUGGUCAAUCAACCAGCCAAGCUUUCUGCCCCAUCCCUCGGUGCGGCAAGGUUACUGCCCGCAGUAGUUGUCAUCGGAAGUGUCUCUGCCGUGGCUGCAUAUAUCCGAUCACAACUGCAGAACGAGUCUCGCACAAUGGACCGGUUCUUUAGCCAGUACAAGAGCCCCCAAAGCGAGGCAUCGAGACAGAGGGUUUUCGACGGCCGUAAGGAGGACCCGCGAAAGAGCUUGUUCAAUGUCUUGGGGUGGUGAUUCGGCUGGUUUAAUUUGCUGGCGUUUUGGGGGGGCAGAUGGUUAUGUUGUAGACAUAGACAAUGAGUUCAGUGAAAACUUACUAGAGAUUCUACUCCAGAAUGAGAUCUUUCGCUGGGUUGGGUGACACAGUUCCUUAUCAUUCCCAAAUAGUGCACCUGCUUCCUGAUUUCCACGCCUGCGAGCCUCUUCUCAACGCCCACCUGUGUAGAGCACCGGCACGACGGCCGAUGUCGACGGAGAAUUGAGCCCGUUGAGGAGGUUGGGAGGGGAGGAGG